AGAGAGUUAUGUUCAGAACUCUCAAGAAAUCUUCAGUUCUUGAUCGACAAACGAGAGAUACAGCAUUAUGGCAAGCUUUUCAUUCAUCCUCCCUGAAGACGGACAUUAUUCUAUUAAGGACAACGCAGUUAACUCAGGGUGGAUUUCAAUGGUGACCCAACUCAACACCCUUGAAGGUCCAGAGUCAGAGAGUCAGAACAUCCGUCAGAGCUUUGCAGAGAUACUUGGCGACAAGUACCACUACGCGAAUGCCAUCAACAGCUCUCUGCUCUGGACUGUUGGGUACACCCCCUACAUUCCCCCAGUUCUGAAAGGAAGAAGCUUCCCCUCUGUCGAGAGCUUCUUCCUGGAUGAGUGGGAGCCACUGACACUCCAGCAGACUCCUCAGGUUCUGUCCACCAGUGUUUCCAUCAAGGAAGACAACCUGAACCAGUCGUCUGCAGGCCUAGUAUCUCAGGUUCUGUCCACCAGUGUUGCCAUUAUGGAGAAUGACCUAAUCCAGUCUGCUGCAGGCCUAGUGUCUCAGGUUCUGUCCACCAGUGUUUCCAUUGUGGAGAAUGACCUGAUCCAUGUUUCCAUCGUGGAGAAUGACCGGUUCCAGUCUGCUACAAAUCUAGUGUCUCAGGAUGAGGACUCCACCCUGAGAGCCUCCAACCAACCUGAGGUCCAUGUGGCUGAUGUGUCAACCAAGGGAAGUAGACUUACCAUCACUAUUUCUAUGGGUUCAACCAAGAGUAGCCAUGUUGCUUUACGUGAAGUUGAUGCUAGUGCUACCAGCCUGGAGCAGUCUGCUGAGAAAAUGUCUACCUCUACUACUGAUGUCAACGACAUCUCAUCAACUGCUGCUGCCAAGAAGAAGAAGAGGUGUGGAUUAUUCUCAUCUCUCUGGAGAGCUCUCAGGGGGAAGAACAAGAAGCCUGCUAAAGUGGCUUCCAAGAAAGAGGAUGAAAUCAACAAGGAUGAGAGCCGCCUCACCUGCCACCACAACACUAUACAGGGAGAUCACUGA